AUCGAAGGUAUGCUGCUCACCACGUCGUACUCAAUAACGAGUUUAACAAAAUUGAAAAUCCGCCAGAAUAGUUAAGAAGCAAUUACAAAAAAAAGCAAAUAGAGCCAACAAAAUGAACGACAACCCGUACAUACCCGUUAUCGAAAAAUUAAAUAGUGAAAAGAAUCCCAAUUUUUAUAUUUGUGGAAAUGGAUUUAUAGCCCCAUUAGACAUCAAAAAUUUGAAAAAAAUUUCCAACACGGAAAAAAAAAAUCUGCAGAGAGUCUUUAAGAUGAUGGACAAGGACAAUACAGGAAAAAUAUCCGUUUGUAAUUUGCAUGACAUUUUGCAUAAAUAUAAUUACAAGAUUUCCAAGAGCGAAGUCGAAAGAAUGAUAUGGGAGUUCGAUGACAACAUGGACAACUGUCUAGACUAUGAUGAAAUUUAUUUCCUAUACUUGCGGUGUGUAAACGACAAAAAGAAGCAAAUACCGAGUGACCUAUACAACAUAAUUCAGUUUUUCAUGUUCGACUACGAAAUGAAUGGGUACAUAACUGUGGAGAAAACGCUGCAAAUCUUGUAUGUGCGUUUUGGUCGAGAAAAGAUGGACUUGGAAGUCCAGGAAAUUUUUGGAGACAAAUAUGAAGAUGAGUCUGGGGUGGAAAAGCAGAUAUACCUGAAGGAGUAUCUCGAUAAUGAAAAAAAGCGAAUUCGCAAAUUCAGGUUAUCCUGUCUAAGCGCUUCCGCGCGAUUGCAAAAGUGA